AUGUACAUAAAGCAAAUAAGAUUAAAAGGUUUUCGAACUUAUAAAAAUGAAACAGUAAUUGAUUUUACAAAAGGAAUUAACUGUAUAGUUGGGUUUAAUGGAUCUGGUAAAAGCAACAUUUUAUUGGCAAUUGAAUUUAUAUUAAGUGAUAUGUGCGAAUAUAAAAAUGUUUUUUUGCAUGAAGGAAUAGGAAACGCUGUUAGAAGUUGUUUUGUUGAGAUAAUUUUUGAUAAUUCAGAAAAAUACUUUAGUAUGUUUAAAGAAAAUGAAAUUAAAAUAAAAAAAGUUUUAGAAAAUAUGAAGUGUGAAAUAUUUUUUAAUGAAAAAAAUAUUAGUAAAAAUCAAUAUGUUGAAUUAUUGGAAAGUUGUGGUUUAUGUAUUAAUAACUUAUAUAAUAUUAUUAAACAAGGACAAAUAAUCAAGUUAAGUAAUAUGAAAGAUGAGGAAAUUUUAAAUUAUUUAAAAAGUAUAUUGGGUGCAAAAAUAUUUGAAGAAAAAAAAAGAGAUGCGUUAUCAAUGUUAAAAGAAUGUGAUUCUAAAAAAGAAACAAUUGAAAAAGAGUUUAAUGAUAUGAACACUAAAUUAGAAAGUUUACAAGAAGAAUUUGAGAAAUUUUUAAUAUAUAAAAAGUUGGAAAAAGAAAAAGUUCAUCUGGAAUAUUUUCUAAAUGAAAUUAAUUACAAAAAUAUCUAUGAAGAAACACAAAUUCUAAAAUCAAAAUUGCAAGAAUUGAAAAAUAAAAUUCAAGAUGAAGAUAAUAUUUUAAAUAUGAGCAAUAAUUCUAAAUCAGAAUAUACAGAAAAAUUAAAUAAAAUGAAAUUGGAAAUAGUUUCAUAUCAAAAUGAGUUAGAUAAAACUGUUUCAGAAGAAAUACAAAAUAAAAGAUACAUUACACAUUUGGAAAUUUUAAUUAAUGAAAAAAAGAAAGAAAAAAGUUUAAAAGAAUCUAAAAAUAAAAGUAAAAUUGAAAAUAUGAAUCAAAUUAAUGAAUUCAUUUCAAGAGUUAAUGGAAAAUUACAAAAUCUUAAAUCUGUUAUCAAUAUAAAGGAAAAGGAAAUAGAGAAUAAGAAUAAUGAAAUAAAUAUGUUAUUAUCAAAAAAUAAGAUAGAAAAUACAAAGGAGGGUAAUUAUUCUCAUAAUGUGAAAAAAAUUGAAAAAAUGAUAAGUGAUCUUAAUAAAGAAAUAUCAUUUUUAGAAAAAGAGGUAAUAAAAAAUGAAAAAUAUUUAGGAGAGUUAGAAGAGGAAUCUAAACUUUUAAAUACAAAUAUUAAAGAAAAUGAAGCUUUAUCUAAAAAAUAUAUCGAUGAAAUAAAUGAAUUAAAUAAUAAAUCUGAAUCUUACGUUGAACAAAAAAGACAAUGUCAACAAAAAAUAUCAGAAGGAACAACAAAUUUGAAUAACAUCAAAAGUCAAAUAAUUGAAGUUAAUGAUAAAUAUGAUGAAAUAAUAAAAAGUUCAAAUAAAGAAAUUGUUAAAAUUGUAGAACUUAUUUUAGAAGACACAAGCAUAAAUAAUGACAAUAUUAUAGGAUUUUUAAUUGAUAAUAUAAAUGUAGAUAAAACAUAUAUUAAAGCUGUUGAUACAAUUUUGGAAAAUCAUUAUUUUACUUUAAUUGUUAAGGAUAUGAAAACAGCGAAAAAAAUAAUUGAAUUUAUAGAAAAAAUAAAGGAAGAAAAAAAAACUAAGGAAUUUGAUUUUAAAGAUUUUUUCUUUGGAAAAUUAACUAUAGUGCCUUUAUUAAAUAUAAAAAAAUUUAAUGAAUUCAUUUAUCCUAAUGAUAAAAACAUUAUUCCUUUAAUAAAUUGUAUAAAUUACGAUAGUAAAAUAUAUGAAUUUUUAAAAAAUAUUUUAUUUAAAACUGUCAUUGUGAAAUCAUUAGAGUCUUGCCAGAAUUAUUUAGAAGAUAAUUAUAAUUGUGUAAAUAUUGAUGGAGAUUAUUUAAGCAAGCAUGGUUUUAUGUAUGGUGGAUAUAAUAAAAAAAAAUAUGGCAUUUACACAAUUUACAAUAAGUUAAAAGAAUUAAAAAAAGAAGAAAAAAAUGAGAAAAUUAAUAUUGAAGAAUUAUAUAGUAGUAUUGAAAAAAUAGAUGAUGAAUUAAGAGUUCUUUAUGAUAAGAAAUCAGUUUCGUUAGCUCAAAAAAAUGGGUGUGUAGCAACUCUUAAUUCAAUUACUAACAAUGUUCAUAUAAAUGAAGAAAACAUUAGAACUACAAAUGAAAAAAUAAAGUCACUGAAGGAAAAAAAAGAAAGUCUUGAAGAAUACAAAGAUAAAUUAAAAGUACAAAUAUUGCAUUUACGAAAUAAUAAUGUAAAUCCAGAUGAAUCAGAAAAAGAGUCUCUUGAUAUAAAUUCAUUAAAUGAUGAAGUAAAAAAAUUAAAAGAAGAACUUAAUAAAAUUAGAAAUGAAUAUGACGAUUUUAAAAAUAAGUUGGAAUUGCUGUAUCAGAAAAGAAAUGAGAAUGAUUCUAAAAUAUUUAUGGAAGAAUAUGAAGAUUUAGAUAUCGAUGAACACAAUAAAGAAUUAAAUGAUAAAAAAAACUUAAUUGAGAAGAUUGAAAAAGAUAAGAUACAUUGUGAACAAAAAAUAAAACAACUUAAUAAAGAAAUAGAAAACAUAAAAUCAAGCUUAGAUAAAAUUUUAAUAAAUGAGAAGAAGCAUAAAAAAAAAAUAUUAGACUUAUGUCAUCAGAUGAAUCAAAUAAAUGAAGAGCUUAGAAUUUUAGAAGGAAAGGAAGAAAAUAUAAGAAAGAAAAAAAUUCUGUUACCUCAAGAGUCAAAAGAAUUAGAAGAAUAUAAAAAUUAUAAUAAGGCACAAUUAUCUGCAAAACUCAAAUCAGUAACACUUGAGAUAAAAAAAUAUUCAAAUGUGAAUGAAAAAGCAGGAGAUAGAUUAAAUAUUCUCAUGGCUGAUUUUAAUGAACUGAAGAAAAGGAAUGAAGAAAUAACUGCAUCUUAUAGAAAUAUUAAAGAUAUGAUACAACAAAUAGGAAAAAAAAAGGAUGAAGCUCUAGAGGCAACCUAUAUUAAAAUAAAUAAAUAUUUUUCUGAAUACUUUUCUUUACUUUUUAAAAAUAGAAAAGCAAAUUUGGUUCUAAAAAAAAUGAGCGAAAAGGAAUAUAAAGAUAAGUUAAAGGAAAUGAAUGAAAGAAAGAUAAAAAAAAAAAUAAUUGAUGAAGAAGCAUAUGUUGAUAAAAUCACAGGAAUAUCAAUAAACAUUACUUCAAAUGAUGAUGAUAAAAUGACUUAUACAAUUCAAGAAUUGUCUGGAGGAGAAAGGAGCAUUGUUGCUAUUUGCUUAUUUUUAUGCUUAAAUAAAAUUGAUAAUUUUUCCUUUUUCUUUUUUGAUGAAAUAGAUGCAGCUUUAGAUACAAUUCAUAGAGAUAAUCUUUCAUUAUUAUUAAAAGAACUAGCUAAUAGAGGAACGCAAUUCAUAAUUACAACUUUUAGAAAAGAGCUACUAGAAUAUUGUGAAAAUCUUUAUAUAGUAAAAAUAAUAGAUCGAGAAAGUUAUAUAUCUAAAGGAACAAAAAAGGAUGCAUACGAUAUAAUCAGCAUUGAAGAAAAAAAUGCUUUAGAAAAUUAG